AUGCCGCAUUCCGCUGGAACAAGACGAAAUAGACCAUUUUCGUUCGGUUCAACGCCGAGAGAAAUGGUGCUAUCGAAUGAGAAUUGGCUUUCGGCCCUUUAUUUUCCUGUGCAUAGCAGCGGAAGGGGGCAGCAACCGGUUGUGGAGGAAUCGCGCAGGAGUUCGAGUCCCACCGAGAGUGCCGACGAGGAGAGGUCUGAGCUGCAGCAGAUUGGGCAAUUCAAAUGGAAGCAUGCUUCUGGCUGGUCAGAUUGUGGCGACCAUUUGACUAGCGGUCUUUUGGCGGCUGAAACGAAAUAG